CACUAUGCAUCUUUGACAUUCCGAAACAGGUUGCUGUGAACCUGCCAACCAAUAUACAGAAUUUUAAUAAUAAUAAUAAUGAAAAAAGAAAUGCUAAAAUGCCACAAUAGAUCCAUCUGUACUAAAAUUAGAUCUUCAAAGAAACUUAUGUGGGAGCAGCAACUCAUGGGACAAUAGAGACUGGGAAAGGUCAAAGAUGCUGCAACAGUUUCUGUUCAGAAACAAAGAACAUUUCAGCAACUUCUGCAACUUCUGUUACAGCGUAACUCUGCAAAUCUGUUUCUGAGAUAAAAUUCAAAAUUCAAGGAGAAGAUGAAUCAUAAGUUGUGCUCAAGAUGCUCACCUUGGCCUGUAGUUGCUCUUUUUGCGGUGAGCACGGUCGUGCUCAGCUCCUUCGCAGGUUCAUUUCUUUACCAGGGCAAUUGCAGCAGCAGCACUGAAGUGGAGUUCGAAGAAAGCGUCAGAGCUCCAUUAACAGGACCCGAGUAUCCCCCGAUCUUCGCUUAUUGGAUUACUGGCACCCGAGGCGAGCACCUGAGAAUUCUGCGGCUGCUGAAAGCAGUAUACCAUCCCAGAAACCAGUACCUUCUGCAGCUAGAUGCAGGAUCGACGACCUAUGAGAGGGUAAGGCUCGCGUAUUUAGUAAGAUCAGAAAGAGUGUUUCGAGCUUUCGGGAAUGUUCAUGUGAUGGGCAGAGCUUAUCCGAUCGACAGAACAGGUCCGUCUUCAGUUUCUGCAAUGCUUCAUGCAGCUGCUGUUCUGCUGAAGAUUGGCGCCGCCUGGGAUUGGUUUAUCAAAUUGAGUACUUCGGAUUAUCCCCUCGUAACGCAGGAUGAUCUGUUACAUGUAUUCUCAUCUUUGCCGCGAGAUUUGAACUUCAUUGAACAUGCAAUGAAUCCUGAAAACAAAAUGAACCAAAAUAUUCAAAAUGUAAUUGUGGACCCGAGUCUUUAUGAGAACAAAAGAUCUCAGCUCUUUUACUCCUCGGAGUUGCGAACAGCACCUGAUGCUUUCGAGAUAUUUACUGGGUCCCCCUGGAUGAUACUAAGCAGAUCAUUGAUGGAGCAUUGUGUGUUUUCAUGGGACAACCUACCGAGGAAACUGCUCUUAUACUUCACCAAUGUGAUUCAUCCAAUGGAAUCCUACUUCCAAACAGUAGUACUCAACUCCCUGAGAUUCCGAAACACCACAAUCAACAACAAUUUGUGGUACACUCUCGGGGAGCGGCCUUCGGCCGCAGAACCCAUCAGUCUCAAUCAAUCACAUUAUGCAGCAAUGAUAAACAGUGGAUCAGCAUUUGGUACUUGGUUCAGAGAAAAUGAUGCACUGCUGCAGAAGAUCGACGAGGACGUACUCGAAAGACCGUCGAGCGGCGUUGUUCCAGGAAAAUGGUGCGCGGGCUUCGCAGAUGAUCAGAAGACAGAAGAUUCGAAUGAUCGAUGCUCGAGUUGGAGCGAUAUUGAUACAGUCGAACGAGGACCGUCGGGGGAAAAGUUGGAGAAUUUCGUGUCAGAACUUAUAUCUGAAAACAUACUGUAAUCAGAAUAGAGUAAUUUACUCCCAGAAUUCUUCCUACUAACAUGUUAAUUGAGACUGUUUAAGGUUCUGAAAGCUUGUAUGUAAAUGUAUAAUCUCAUUGGUCAGGUUAGAUUCUAGGUAUGUGUAAUCAAGUGUAAAAGAUUCGGAAAAAGUGUUAAUGGCUACAAUAUAGGUUAAUCAAAACAAGUUAUCUUUCAUGCUGAUGUG